GUCAGGUUUCCAGAGAUCGCAUCGGUGCAGGUGACAGUUUUGGGGGGACUCCUAGUCUGCGGCAGCAGGUGAAUGGGGUCGGGAUGAUGCCCUAUGGAGAGAGACACGUGGGUCCAGCCAUGUCCCCCCUUCCGGCCCGAGGGCCCAGGGUCGUCCGUGGGGCUGCCUUCGCUUACACAGCCAGCCCUCAAGUUCUGCACAGAAUUCCAGGGGCUCCCGCCUACGCCUUUCCCAGCAUCAGCACGGUGAGCCAUCCGGAACAUGGCUGCCUGUGCCCCGGUUCCCCCGGCCGGCUGGUGGUGGAGGGUCUGGUGGAAGGCCUGGACCCCUACGAGCUGGAUCCGCUGCCCCCCAAGCCGGUGCUAGAAGAGGGCCAAAAGUCAGAGGUGGGGCUGGCUGAGAAGGUGCGCUCCAUCUGCAUCUCCCUCCUCAAGAUCCCGCUUAUGUUAAUCUUCCUCUACUUCUUCGUCUGUUCUCUGGACGUGCUCAGCUCCGCCUUCCAGCUGGCAGGGGGCAAGGUGGCCGGUGACAUCUUCAAAGACAGCGCCAUCCUGUCCAACCCAGUGGCAGGGCUGGUGGUGGGUAUCCUGGUGACCGUGUUGGUACAGAGCUCCAGCACGUCCACCUCCAUCAUUGUCAGCAUGGUGUCCUCCGGCCUGCUGGAGGUCAGUUCGGCCAUUCCCAUCAUCAUGGGCUCCAACAUCGGCACCUCGGUCACCAAUACCAUUGUGGCCCUCAUGCAGGCCGGGGACAGGACUGACUUUCGGCGAGCCUUUGCGGGGGCCACGGUGCAUGACUGCUUCAACUGGCUCUCUGUGCUGGUGCUGCUGCCCUUAGAGGUGGCCACGGGCUACCUCCAUCGCACCACGCACCUCGUGGUGGCCAGUUUUAACAUCCACAGUGGCAAGGAUGCCCCUGACCUUCUCAAGAUCAUCACAGAGCCCUUCACCCGCUUGCUCAUCCAGCUGGAUAAGUCAGUGAUCACGGGCAUCGCCACGGGGAAUGAGAACCUGCGUAACCACAGCCUGAUCCGCAUCUGGUGUGACCCGCCUGUAUCCCCGGCCCCUACCGCCCUGCCCAGGGCCAACAUCAAUGCCAGCUGGACAAUGGGCAAUGCCACCAUGGAAAAAUGUCGCCAUCUGUUCGUGGACACGGUCCUGCCGGACCUGGCCGUGGGGCUGAUCCUACUGGCUGGCUCCUUGGUGGUGCUUUGUACCUGCCUCAUCCUGUUAGUUAAGGUUCUCAACUCCGUGCUCAAGGGGCAGGUGGCCAAGGCCAUCCAGAAAGUCAUCAACACAGAUUUCCCACCCCCGUUCACCUGGCUCACUGGCUACUUCGCCAUGGUUGUGGGUGCUGGCAUGACUUUCGUGGUGCAGAGCAGUUCCGUGUUCACUUCAGCCAUCACCCCGCUCAUUGGCCUGGGGGUGAUCAGCAUCGAGCGAGCCUACCCGCUCACCCUGGGCUCCAACAUUGGCACCACGACCACCGCAAUCCUGGCUGCCCUGGCCAGCCCUGGAGACAAACUGGCCAGUGCCUUCCAAAUCGCUCUGUGCCACUUCUUCUUCAACAUCUCGGGCAUCCUGCUGUGGUACCCUCUGCCCUACACCCGCCUGCCCAUUCGCAUGGCCAAAGCCCUGGGGAAGCGUACGGCUAAGUACCGCUGGUUCGCCGUGCUCUACCUCCUGGUCUGCUUCCUGCUGCUGCCUUCCCUGGUGUUUGGCAUCUCCAUGGCGGGCUGGCAGGUCAUGGUCGGCGUCGGGGCGCCCUUCGGGGGCCUGCUGGCCUUCGUGGCCCUGGUCAACGUCCUGCAGAACCGCAGCCCCGACCACCUGCCCAAGUGGCUGCAGACGUGGGAGUUCCUGCCCCGCUGGAUGCGGUCGCUCAAACCCUUGGAUGGGUUCAUCACCCGUGCCACCCUCUGCUGUGCCCGCGCCGACCCCGCCAAGUCGCCCCGGCUGCCCGCCCGGGCCACCUACGACAACCCGGGGGCCAGGGUCUACCUGCAGGAGCUGCCCCGGGCCCUGCCCUCCCCUCCGCACGGUGCCACCCGCCUCUAGCCCGGCCUGCCCGGGGGGAGGCCCGGACGCAGGGGACCCUCUAAAGUGGGGAGGGGGGUCUCCCUAUCCCCAAGCUUCCUCCUCCUGCCCACCUGGGCCGGGACCUGGGGGGAGGAGAGGAGGAGAGCCUCCUCCUUUCCUCCCGAGAAAGAUGUCGAGGGUACCAUGCCCGGGCAGCUCGGAUCCGGUCCCCGGGGAAGCCCGCUGAGAUGAGCGCUGGCUUCCCCGAGGACCCAGGAAUCCUGUCCCCUCCGCGGCUCGGAAUUGGGUUGCUUCCCCCGCAGGGAGGAGGACGAUGGAGAGGAGGGGGAAGGGGGGGGAGAAAGGAAGAAAGGGAAAAGGAGGAGGAGGAG